AUGAGCGCUAGUCCCAACAUCAAGACUGUGGCUUUCUUUGGUGGCACUGUUGGUUGCGGUCUUUCCGCGCUCAGGCACACCCUUGCCGCUGGUCACAAAUGUAUCGCUCUAUGCCGCAACCCAGCAAAGCUCGAGGCCCUCAUCUCUGUUGAAUCAACACCCAAUCUCAAAAUCAUCCAAGGCAACGCCCAUGACAUCGAUGCAGUCACCAAAUGCAUCCAGACCGACGAUAACAAACUGGUCGAUAUGAUCGUUUCAACUAUCGGUAGUCGACCUAAGGGCGGCCUAGCUCCUGAGGAUCCACAAUGCUGCAGAAAAGCCGCCACAGUUAUGGUCGAAGCUAUCACGAACCUGCGAAAUGCUGGCGCCACUGGGAUCCCGCACAUUGUUGCAUUCAGCACGACGGGACUGUCGAAGUUCGGUCGCGAUUAUCCCUUGCUGCUGUUCCCGAUCUAUGGGUGGCUUCUUAAAGCUGCACAUGAGGAUAAGGAGAUUAUGGAGAAUCGGUUUAUCGAAAGUGGUCAGCCGUUCACCAUUGUUCGUGCCAGUCUGUUGAAUGAUGGCGCUACUGAGAAGAAGGUUCGUGUUGGAAUUGAAGAUCCCAAGACUGGGCGAGAAUCGUUGAAUAUUGGGUACUUUAUUUCAAGGGAAGAUGCCGGAAAAUGGACUGCUGAAAAUUUGGUCUUCAAGGAGGACCCGAAGUAUUUGAACAAGAUUGCAAUGAUUACUACCUGA